CUUACAUAUCAAGAUUAUACCUAUAAGGUUGCAUUUUCACUCUAAGUUCUAAGUGCUGUGUUUUAAAUAGUGGGAAUAUAUUUCUCAGUCAUCAAACAGUUUGCAUAAAGGAAUCUCGGAGAAGCGAGAUGUCAAUCAAAGUAGACGAAAAUGACCCAGUUGGAGAAUUGGAGCCCAGUUUCCCCUACAGAGAUGUCAUAAUUAAAAGAAAUGUGGACAUGAAAGAGUUUUAUGACUUGGAAGAUGAAAUCGGCAGAGGAAAGUUCGGGACGGUGUACCGAUGUAGAGAGAAGAGCACCGGGUUGACGUUGGCCGCUAAAUUUGUUGGCAUCGCAAGACGAGAAGACAGAAGAAAUGUGGAGAGGGAAGUGGACAUAAUGAGAAUGCUGCAACAUCCGAGAAUCAUCCAAUUGUACGACGCCUUCGAGUCCAGCAACGUCAUGUGCGUCGUACAAGAACUUAUUGAAGGAGGGGAACUAUUCGACAGGGUGAUUGGAGACGACUUCAUCCUCACAGAAAAAUCUUGUACAGUCUUUGUCAGACAGAUCUGCGAAGGAGUUGCCUUCAUACAUUCUAAAAACAUCCUUCAUCUUGAUUUAAAGCCAGAAAACAUCCUGUGUCUAACACGGACAGGUAACAGGAUAAAGAUUAUAGACUUCGGUCUGGCGAGGCAGUUUGAUCCCAGCAAGAAGCUACAAGUCCUGUUCGGAACUCCGGAGUUUGUCGCUCCGGAAGUCGUCAACUUUGACUCCAUCGGCUUUGGAACUGACAUGUGGAGCGUGGGAGUUAUCUGUUAUGUUUUGUUGUCCGGACUGUCUCCGUUCAUGGGCGAGACCGAUGUUGAAACAAUGGCCAACGUAACAAUCGCUCAGUACGAUUUUGACGAUGAAGCUUUCGAUGACAUCUCCGAAGACGCAAAAGACUUCAUCAGAAAACUGCUCGUCAAAAGCAGAGAAGGGCGCUACACGGCGGCCGAGUGUUUGUGUCAUCCCUGGCUGGCUCGAAGACCUCCGCUGCAGCCGCUACUGGACACUACCAAGGACAACCUGCGCGACACGGUGGAGAGUUGGGGCAAGAGAGAGACGAGUCCGACACAAGUGAUUGUCCACAACUUACCACCGACACCUCCCGUCACACCUGUCAAACUUGAGCUUGUCCCGACACCCGUGGAGCAUGUGCCUGUAGCAACAGAAGACGCUACCCCGCCUGCGCCUACCAGUGUAGCUACUUCUAGUGUCACCUCACCUGCUACUGACUCAUCUGCGACUGAAGAAAAAGAGCCUCCGAAAGUCGUAAUCGAGCAAAAACCUUCUGAAGAUUCUACCAAAGGAUCAAAGAAUGCUGGUGACCUCCAAUCGCCAAGUCCGUCAAAACAAGCAAAGAUAGAUUUGGUACCUGUUAAAAGCAAAGAGAUAAAAGACACGGGCCCGGAAGAAGUGAAAGUAAGCACAUUUUCUUGGACUAAGAAACCAUCUGGGAUUCAAUCACAAAAGAGCCUUCCAGAGGGGAAACCUCCGGUUAAAACCAGUUCCAAAUCGGAAGAGGAAAAAGUUUCAUCAAAGUUUCCGUUGAAGCCUUCAGGGUCUGCGUCGAACACUGGUCUUUUUAACUCGAGGAUCCAACAGGGAGGGACGCAAAUUAAUAUAACCAAGAAAAAUUUAAAUACCAGCCCUCAACCGAAGAUCGCGGGAAUAGUUCUCGGACAAACACAUCCUAGAGGUUCAGAGAGUUCAGGGAAGGAUACGAAGCGAGAAAGUGAGGCUACAGUUACUAAACCUAAAAUAAUCACACACAAAAUAUUUGUUGAAGGUAAAGACGCAGAGACUUCAACCACCGCAAAACCUAAAGAACCUGUGAAACUUUCAAACCCGAUCAACAUUGAUACGCAAAAAUUGAACCCGCUUCUACGUAAUCUUCAAACAGACCGAUUCGAAAGGCGGUGUUCAGAUAUUUCGUGCUUUAUGCAUGACAUAGAAAACUCAAUCGAUGGUGCGAGCAUCAUGAGCGAAAUAAAAAAACUGUCCACGAGACUCUUUGAGAGCGAUCUGUUGGACGAAUCUAACAACAACAGCAGUAGUUUUCUGCGCCAGAUAGCAAACCGUGGGGUAGCUCCUAAAAGGCCAAAGUUCCGGGUGACGAAUUUGAACAGAGAUGUUCCAAUAGGUUCUCCUCCGCCGGCGACAAACAUGACUUAUUUUAUUCCUCCGAACCCUUUGACUCCAGAGUCUUGUCAGACCCAUUCUGCACCUCAGACGCCUAGAAGUUCGCCUGAGCGAGUAACCGAGCCUCUCAACAAAGACGUCAUCUUGCGGUUAUUCGACAAACUGGAAGGUCACUCGGAGAAUUCUUCAGCGGAAUCCGUCUCUCAAACUAAACAUAGAUCGAGUGAGAAGAAAACCAAAGUUACCUCGAUAAGUUCUAAGUAAAAGCGUAUUCUGACCAAACAAAUGUGAUACUCGGACAAGUCAAACUGGGCUGUGCAUGAAAUUCAUUCUAGUUCAAGUUUGUAAAUAUUUUUAACACCAGAUGUUGCCUUAGGUUGUAUUUAUUGUACUUUUAAAUUUUAAACAUACAGUAACAGUAUUUCUUUUUAACCUAUCCCUUGGCAGAUAUGUGCCUGAAUAUUUCCUAAACACAUGCGGUUGGAACAAAAGUAUGACAUAUAAAAGUACCGGUACUCAAUAUUUUAUCAAUUUGAAACAAUUAUCGUAGCUGCAACAAAAACACAAUUGCAUGUACUUCAAAAACUGUGAAGAGCAACAUUCACACCGGGUCUUUUUAAACUUGUCAUAUUGUUAGCUGUUAUGUUUUCUAGUCAUAUUUUGUUGUGCCAAAAGUUUUGUUAUUAAUGAAUGUAAUUUCAACAAGGCUGAUUCAACUAGUCUACGAGUUUUAUACCGUUCUGUUAAUAAUAAAUGCAAGUUGAUGAUGAGUCUUAGAAAAAAUACUUCAUCCCUAUCACGAAGACAAAAUAUAUUUUUUUCUAGCCUGUUAUAUGAAUAGCACUAACAUUUUAAAGAUUUGUGAGAAUAGCGUUAAUAGACUACAAAAAUAAGACAACCCCAGUAUUAUUUAUUUAAGUUUAUUUUAUGUUCUUUUCAUUCAAUCACUAGUUUAUGUUUAGUUAAUUACAUCCAACCAUUAAAAAUCUGACUUUCCUAAGGCAGUAAGUAAAAGGUGUGACAACAUGUAACUUAUAGCAAUAGUCAGUGAUAUUUUAAAUUAAUGAAAGUACAACUUCAAUAAACUUUCCCUUCAAUUCCCUUUUUUUCUACAACUCUAUCUUUUGAGUGCAAUAAAACUAACACUAGCAAUAUAUUUUAUUGUAAAAAUGUUCAAAGGAUCAAAUAUAUUUUAAUUUACUUCAUAGAAUUACUUAACUUGUAUUUGUAUGUGUAUAAUUGUAAAUUUGUAAUAAA